AUGGUUGACCAAGUCAAGAAUACAGACGCGGCUCUCACUCAAGAUGCUCUGAUCGUUUUGGUGCGAGCCAUCCAGAGCCUAGCCAAGACACGUAAAUUGGAGACACCACCACGAAUCAGCUGCCGUACAAGCUCUGCGGAAAGGAACCUGACUCAGCCAAACCUGCUUAAAGAGGCAGUGAGAAAGAUACGUUUUUCGGGCUUGAGUGGACCACUAUGGCUGGAUUCUUCGGGCCAGCGGAGAAACGUGUCACUGUACGUGGCUAAACUCAAGCGUACGGGACUCACUUCGGUUGGAACGUGGAGUUUGUCAUCGGGGCUAAACAUUACUCGAGCAGAAAAGAUGUUUGAGGAUGAAAUACUCAGCGUAUUGAAGAACAAGACUCUGAGAAUAACGACGAUAUUGAAUUCCCCGUACGUCAUGCUCAAGAAAUCCGCGCACAAGCUCGAGGGAAACGACCGCUUCGAGGGUUACUGCGUGGAUUUGCUCUAUGAAAUAUCUGCAACGCUGGGCUUCCGCUACCGGCUCAAGCUCGUCAGAGAUGGUGCCUACGGAACCCGGGACUCACAGGGCAGGUGGAACGGCAUAAUGCGCGAACUUGUGGAUAUGGAGGCAGACCUGGCCAUUGGUGACCUGACCAUCACCUCAGAGCGCGAGCAAUCUGUCGACUUCACUAUACCUUUCAUGACGUUGGGGGUCAGCAUACUCUACAAGAAGGUCGACCAAAAGCGUUUCCUCCUAUUCUUCCUGUCUCCGCUUUCGGGGGAUGUGUGGCUUUGUGUCGCCGGGGCGUGCGUCGCAGUCAGUGUAAUUCUGUGCUGCGUCGCUCGUUCUCAGAGCGCAGUGUGCCGCAGAAAUAGUGCCGUAUCGCGACGUUAUGGAUGCUGCUGCUGCGGAAACAGUUUAUCGCGCAGUGAUGUUGAUUGGUACAAUGAAAGGGACAGUGGCCGUGCCAGGCUCGACAUCAUCAAGGGUCAGGAAGCAGUCGGUUCCUCCGACCUACAACAAGAGACGUUUUAUUCUGACAGCCGGAGAAAUAGUACUCUUCCAACGGUGCAAAGUGACUUCACUCUUCCUAACAGUUUUUGGUUUAUAGUAAGCGCCAUCAUGAGGCAGGAAUGUGGUAUAUUUCCUAGGGCAGCUUCAGCACGCAUCAUUGCUGCAACUUGGUGGAUCUUCUCCUUCGUGCUGGUUUCCUCUUACACGGCUAACCUGGCAGCUUUCCUGACUAAAGAGAGGCUCCAGUCACCCAUCGAGAGUGCCGAAGACUUGGCGAAGCAGUCAGCCGUGCGCUACGGAUGCGUUCGCUCAGGAUCGACUCACGCCUUGUUCAAGGGGUGGAGGCACGAGACGUACGAGAUGAUGUGGCACGCCAUGAAAGAGGACCUAGUGUCUUCCAUCACCGAGGGCAUUGAGCGUGUGGAACGCGGUGGCUACGCCUUCCUCAUGGAGUCUACGAAUAUUGAGUACGUGGCACGAAGACGGUGCCAGCUCAAGCAGAUCGGGGGUCUCCUAGACUUCAAGGGUUACGGCAUCGCAACGCCGCAUGGAUCUCCGUACCGCAACAUCCUGUCGUCAACAUUACUACGGCUGCAGGAGCGCGGCACCCUGCAAAAAAUUAAGGAUCGUUGGUGGAAAGUACAGGAUCCGCUCAAAGGAUGUCCUACUACCGAAGCCGGCAAAUCUACGACUGAUGCAGCUAGCGAGCUGGGCCUGCGAACAGUCGGCGGCGUGUUUGUCGUUCUCCUUGCUGGUCUUGGUCUGGCCUGCCUCAUCGCUUUCGCCGAGUUGUUCUGUAAAGCGAGAUUAGGAAGCAGUUGAAGGAGUGCCUGAGCCUUUU